CUUCACACAACCAAGUCAUCGUGAUGCCCCUCAACACCCUACGGCUGAAUCAUCAAAAGUCCUCUCAUCCUAAUGAUCGGAUUGUUUUCAUCAAGCCACUUCCCCGGCCACCGUCGGACCAGGCCUCAUACGACCUUGCCGACACGUUCCUGCGAGCCAUCGCCGCACAAUGCCUCCCUCUCAUGAAGAGCCACUACCUCUCUGUCACCACCCUGGAAGAAUACGAGCCGAACCCAGAAUUCAUCGGUCGCAAUUUCAACAAUGGCGAAAUCAUUCAGCUGGUCCUCCAGAGCAAGAGUGGCGGAUGGGUUCCUUUCAACAUGGUGCAAAUGGUCAUGAUGCACGAGUUGGCACAUAACACCCAUAUGAACCACGGGCGGGAUUUCUGGAAGACAAGAAAUCUUUACGCAGAAGAGAUGAAAGGACUGUGGGAAAAGGGCUACACGGGUGAAGGCUUCUGGGGCAGCGGACGGACGCUGAGUGACUUGGGCACUGUCAUGGGCAGCAACGUUUUACGCAGCGAGGAGUUGGAAGGUUUGCCACUAUGUGGAGGUACAUAUAGAAGUCGCAAGAGAAAACGCAAAGCCCGAACAGACAAACCAGAAUUGACCUGGAAGGAGAAGAGAGACCGGCGGAUCGAAAAGAAAUUCGGCAAGAAUGGCGUGACGCUCGGUGAGGAUGAGAACGUCCGAUUAAGCCUUGAGAUCAACCGCAAAGGACCUAUUGGCAACAAACCCCGGGUUGCCCAGAGUAAACGAGGUCGGGAACUGAGAGCUGCCGCCGCAUUGGCUCGAUUCGAGACAAACAAGAAGGAGGUCGCGGAUCUGCAAAACGCCGCAGAGGAGGCUAACGAGGAUGUCAUGGACGAAGACUUCUACGAGGAUGCGGAUGCCAGUGAAGAAGAUGCCAAGGACAUCAAUGGCCAGAGAAUGCUAGAUGGCGAAGGCCGUGGGAUGAUCCGAGUCUGCGACAACGAAGAUACCGGAGACAUUGAUGUUCAACGUGAAUUACAGGAACUCAAUACACUCGACCGUUAUUUCAAACCCUUUCAAACCGACGCGGAAUUUGAUGGUAUCCAAGCCAAAGACCCGGAUUCCGCGGACAAAACUUCCACGAGGGCGAUGACAGCAACGCCAGAAUCUGACACGACCGAACGCAGUCAAGCCUCAAGGGAAAUGGACCGCGAGAAACAGCAGCUCCAGUCCACAGGGACACCAAUAAAAGUUUCGUGUCAUUUGCCUGAUUCAGAAUCAACGCGAUCUAAUACAAAGGAUGCGUUUCCAAUCCUGAAGCUCAGACAAACGAAAACAGUGGUCCCAAAUUUGGAAUCGGCCCAGGGCAACCCAGAAUCCAGCGUAGCCAAGCCAGCCUCAUCAAAUUCACCCUCAGCUUCAGCUUCAUCCUCGUCGCAGCCCCCAACAAUACCCUGCCCGAUCUGCUCACUCGAGAAUCCUCGCCUCAAUGCAACGUGCAUGGCAUGCUCGCACGUCUUAGACACCCGGAAAGACCCAAGACACUGGUCGUGUCGGAGCUCGGCGUGCAAGGAGAGUCAAAGCGCGUAUGUGAAUGCCGGCGAUGUGGGCGUCUGUGGGAUUUGUGGGACGAAGAAAGGUGGAUGACUGACUUUCGACAUUGAGCGAAUACGCCCGAGAAUCCGGGAGUGGUGAGGACACGGUAUUCCUUCCAUCUCCUAGCGUCCAAGGACACAGACGGAGUGCAAGGAGCACGGCAUUAUGCAAGACCGACAGAUUGAGACGCCGGAUUUACCUCCGUCAGAUGUUCUUUCCUCAAAAGACCUGCCGUCCAGAAGGCUUCCUUCGCCCAUUGUGGAGAAUCUGACCGGACGGAGGAAGAAACGGACGAUUAUUGGGUUAUGAAAUACGUCGAGGAAAUGUUGCUAUGCGAGUUGGAUGGUAGAUUGAGCGAAACGCUGUUUUGCGAUGAACAAGGCUGGUUGUAUGACAUAUGAUCCGAUGGCCCUUGAGGAUCCAGCUGAGUGAAAGUCCCCCUCUGCACCUCGCUCUACGAAUGAUACGUGCAACGAAUGAUGUUGGAAAUAAUGCAACGUUGUAUGUACCUGGCAAUGGUAGCUACGAGGGGGUUGCCUAGCGGCAUGAUGGAGAGGAGGUUCAAGGCGGUAUUUUCACACAUGGCAUUAUCACACCAAAUACCACGUCAGCAGCUGUUCGUACACCAUCAUUGUGCAGGCAAUUGGGCCUUCCUUCGAGCCGAGCACGACGUCGACUCGAGCUUCGUCAGCCUCGCCGCACUCGCUCAGGCUUUCAAGAUUGGAUCAAUCCAAACAGACACGAAACGCUCAUUUGCUCUUUGGCCGGCAUGGGGCUUUUUGUCCCGCGAAUGUGUUUGUUGCAACCGGCUUGAGAUCUCGCUAGAGAGAGCAUCGUCGUUGAGAUUCGUAUGUUCUGGAACUUGUCUUGGAGGAGUGGUCAACAGCGCCCACGAGCAUACCGACAACCUAGCAUAUGGAGAGAAGAUAACGCAGAGUCAAAUUCUGUGAUAGAAAAGCUCCUGUGUGGGGUUGAAGUUGCAUGCGCAAGGAAGUCUGGAUACCCUUGUCCAGAUGGAGUGGCCGACAGUGAUGCAGAUGCAGCUGCCGCAUCUUGACCACCUAUGGUGAGCAAGGGCGGAAAGGGGGUGAAUGCUGGGGAGCAAACUCUUCGAGGAACAAGUACCCCGCGUGGAGAUGGCGGUGCUGUCUGACACCUACCUCAAUUGAUGAGAGGCUCGCUGGUAGGACCCGUCAACUCAGUAGCCUGUUGCCGCCAGCGUACAAACCGCUUCGUGGCCCUUCCAACAAUCUAAGAG